UUAAAGUCGGACAAUCACGCAGCUCAGCCUGGUGAAAUAGAUGUCGGUCAAUGGUCCAACGCCGACAUCUUCCUUGAUUGGCUCAGAUGACGGGCAGGCUGAUGGAAAGGAGACCCAUUGCCCUCGUUGCCGAUCGCAGUUCACGACAUACUUCAGGCGGCACCAUUGCCGGAACUGCGGGGGCUUGGUCUGCGAUGACUGUAGCAGGAACCGCACCCGAAUCCCAAGGGAUCUCUCACUGGGGAUUGUCAGGGUUUGUGAUGACUGCUUCAAAACCAUUGGUGACCACAACGCCGCUGGGGCCGAGGAGGAUUUGGUUUUCAGCCAGCAGCUCAUCGAGCGGCUCCGAGCGGAACUGGCACAGAAACACACGCAGAUUGAGGCCUUCAAGAAGGUCUUGCUGGAGUUGGAGGCGGAGGCAUCCAAGGACUCCUCACAGUUAGAUGAGUACGCUCAGGACCCUCAUAACGACGAUUUUUCCUUCGGUGUGCUUCAGGACAAAGUGCAGAAAUCCUGGAGCAGCAUGACCAAAUCUCUGGAGGCACAAGGGAGCAGAAAGCUGCAGCUUGAGGAGCAGCAGCGUGCCGCUAUGGAGCAACAGAAGGAUUUGGCAAAAAAGGAGGAGGAGCUCAUGGCGAAGCGACAGGAGCUGGAUGCGCAGCUAGCUGAGGUGUCCCGCCUGGAGGCUCGUCGUGACGAGCUCUCCCGGAAGGAGGCGGAGUUGCAACGCGCAGUUGCCAAUGAGCGCCAGACAGUGCGGGAGCUGGAGAUGAGCCGAAAGGCUCAGCAAGAGAUGGAAGCUGAACGGAUGAGCUUGCAACAGUGGCGGGCCCGGCCUCGGGGCUCAAGUGAGCCAGUGGCCUUCACCAUCUCUACUGGCCGGGAGGAGCUACGCCGAAAUCGUUUGGAGGGCUGCAAAAGGGCCUGCAUCAUCAGCUGAGCCGUCAAAGGACGGCUGCGAAGUGCUGCGAACUGCGGCGAGAAAGAGGAUGAGCGGCAGGGCAGACCAGGUCAGUUGAAUGUAAUAUAGGAAGAGAAUGGAAGAGAGAUUGAUC